AUGGCAGCUCAGGGAAGAGGCAGUGCUGCCGGUGGCAACGUGGCCGUUGUCGUCGGGCUCGUCCUGCUCCUCUGCGUGCUCCUCCAAGCCAGCGUCGCGGAGUCGGCGGUGUUCAACGUCGGCGACCGCGGGGGCUGGUCGUUCAACACCAACUCCUGGCCCACCGGCAAGCGCUUCAAGGCCGGCGACGUCCUAGUGUUCAAGUAUGACGCGACGGCGCACGACGUGGUGGCGGUGAGCGCGGCGGGGUACAAGGCCUGCGCCAAGCCAGCGAGCGGCGCCAAGGUGUACAAGUCCGGCGCCGACCGCGUCACGCUCGCCCGCGGCACCAACUACUUCAUCUGCAGCGUCCCCGGCCACUGCCAGUCCGGCAUGAAGAUCGCCGUCACCGCUGCAUGAUCCAUCAGUCCAUCAUCGUGGACGUGAACUACAUUUGCUGACAAAAUAAAUGGGCCGUUGUUUCGUCGAUCGAUUGCUACAUCGGUGAUUGUUCUAUUUUUGUUUU